AUGCGUAUCCUCUGGUUAUUCUUUGUUUUACUGAUUUGUUUCUUAGAUUUUGGGUGAGUCAAAUACUCUUUAUAAAGAUAUCUUCUUCUUCUUAUAGUUAUUCACGACGAGAUGCGAAUCAAAAACUGAAAGCAUGUUGUGCCCGUCAAAAACAAGCUGACAAAUCUUGCAAAAAACGAUUCUGUGAUUUCGAAGCAAUUCAUCAAGGGAAUGUAAGUUAACUACAAUAAACUCUAUCAUUUAUCCCAAAUUUUAAGAUGUUGCAUUAUCUAAAUACUUGCGGACCAAAAAAUAAUACUGUGGCUUUGAUGUGGGAUUGUGCUAGUUCAAGAGUCGAUCACACGGAGUGUUGUAAAAGAAAGUGAGUAUACUUUUUUUUCAAUUUUUUUUCAACUGUUCCCAAUUUCCAGCAACGUACUUCCAACAUGUUUACCUUAUUGCAAAGCCCAAGGAAAAGUGCCAAACGAGCAAGUAACACAUGCUUUCUGUAUGCAAAACUUCAACAAUAUUCGACAAUGCUUCAGAAGUCAUCUUGAUCAACACCCAAAUAUAUUUGGUGAUAAUUGA